GUCCAACUGCUGCGGCUGUCAGGGGGUAGCUGGGUGGCAGGGAAAGGGGGGGAAAGCCACCUGAGAAAGCCAUGUAAGAUCCCUGGCUUAUCAAGACGCACAUCCAAAUUUAUCCACAAUUCACUUAAAAAUUCGCAACACAAAAAUGAGUUUCAGGGUCGACGCGUCAACGGAGUAAUCGACGCAUCCAAACGCAAGACAACUUAUCCGGAGAGGUUAGGAGAAGAGCCCCCCAUGGAGAUCGCCACAGAAGAAACCCACUAAAGUUCACCUCACAUCUGCAUGCCAGGUGAAAGUGACGUCGGUAUCUCCGGACAGGUAAAGGGAAAGAGAAAAGCCCAGUUUCUCGUUUGUGCGUCUUGGAGCCGCGCGUCGGCAUGAGUGGAGGUCGCUUCGAGUUUGACGACGGCGGGGCUUACUGCGGAGGGUGGGAGGGGGGCAAAGCCCACGGCCACGGCAUCUGCACCGGACCCAAGGGCCAGGGCGAGUACUCGGGCUCCUGGAACUACGGCUUCGAGGUGGUCGGGGUCUACACGUGGCCCAGCGGGAACACCUACGAGGGCUACUGGUCGCAGGGCAAGCGCCACGGGCUGGGAGUGGAAACCAAAGGACACUGGAUUUACAGAGGGGAAUGGACUCAUGGCUUCAAAGGGAGGUAUGGGGUCCGGAUCAGCGUGGGCAGCGGAGCAAAGUAUGAGGGAACCUGGAAUAAUGGGCUUCAGGAUGGAUAUGGGACAGAAACAUACGCAGAUGGAGGUACUUACCAGGGCCAGUUCACCGGUGGGAUGCGCCAUGGCUAUGGUGUUCGGCAAAGCGUCCCCUAUGGCAUGGCAGCGGUUGUUCGUUCCCCUCUUCGUACCUCCCUGACUUCGCUUCGCAGUGAGCACAGCAAUGGCACCGUUCUACAGCAAGAUGUCCCGGUCAUCACCACCACCAAUGCUUCGGGAGAAGAAACACCGAUCACCACCCCUACCCACCUGGGACCGUCCCGUGGAGGCUUUGCUCUCACUCUCCAGGUGGAUCCUGAGGCAGUGAAGCCCAAGAAGAAGGGGCUGUUCAGAAGAGGCUCCCUGCUGGGUAAACUGAAGAAGUCCGAAUCAAGCACAUCGUUGUCCAGCCAGAAGAGCAAGAUCAGCUUCCUGAGGACGGAGUCAGCUCUGAGUUCCAACCUCAGUGACACAAACUCCACCAUUAGCGGCGAUGAGAGCCCGGCCGGAGUGGAGGAUUUCCCCCCGGUGGAGGCCGACAUUGACGCCACCACCACAGAGGUCUACAUGGGCGAGUGGAAGAACGACAAGCGCUCUGGAUAUGGAAUAAGCGAGAGAUCCAGCGGCCUGAAAUACGAGGGCGAGUGGCUCAACAACCAGAGACACGGGUAUGGCUGCACCACAUUUGCUGAGGGAGGGAAGGAGGAGGGCAAGUACGUAAACAACAUGCUGGUGAAGGCCAUGAAGAAGAGGGUGAUCCAGCUGAAGGGAACCAAGAUCAAGCAGAAGGUGGAGCGGGCGGUUGAGGGAGCACAGAGGGCUGCGGCCAUCGGCAAACAGAAGGCAGAAAUUGCUGCUUCUAGGACAGCCCAUGCAAAGGGCAAGUCAGACGGCGCUGAACAGGCUGCCUUGGCCUCCAACAGUGAGUCCAGUAUUGCCAGGCUGGUUGCCAAAGAGCUGUCGCCUUCCUUCUAUCAGCCAGGCCCUGAGUACCUGAAGAAGAGGGUUUUGCAUGAAGCUGUGGAAGACCAAGAGAAUCCAGACACUGAAUUGCAUGAGCCCCUGCUAGCCGAAGAGGAGCCUCUGCUGGCUAAUGAGGAGCCCCCGCCCACCCCACCCGAGAGUCCGCUCCUGAAUGAACUUGCUAGCCUUAUGCCUGGCUCGUCCCCAGCCCGAACCCCCUCCCCAAGCCCGGCCAUAAUCAACAAGGAGGACCCCAAACUCCUUGGUCCAAGAGCCUGGAAUGAAGACAAAUCCAUUAAAGGUGGUGGCACUAAGGGAAGCCUUAAACCCAGUAGUGCUCCUAGUAGUCGCUCCUCCACCCCUUCAGUGUCAGUUGCUGCCCCUACCUCAGCAGCGUCUGAACGUGGAGCAUCUUCCAGUAGUCGUCAACCGUCCCGCUCCCCGAGUCGUCUGAGUAACAAGAUUGAGGAGGGCUCAGACAUGGAGAUCAAACCACUUCAGAAAUUUGACUCUGAGGUAACAUCUCCAGACGCCACUCCAGCCACCGCCGUCCCAGAAACGAAUAGCCUCAUCUCACCAGAUGAAGAAGAAGAAGCUCCUCUUCCUGCUGCCAAUGUGCCCCCCAAAGCUGUGACCCCUGAGCCCAAAGCCCCUGAGGUAAAAACUGAAAGAGCUCCAUCCAUCAACGAGCGACCACCGUCCACCUCUGAGAAGAAAAGGCCAUCCAGGGAGGGGAGCAGGCCAGGCAGCAAAGCAGAAACAAGACCAUUACCAAAACGGCAGCCGAGUCCAGCUCCAACUCCAAAACGGCAACCAAGUCCAGCUCCAGCUCCAAAAUGGCAACCAAGUCCCACUCCACCUCCAAAAGCUGCUGCUAAUCAUGAACCUAAAACAGUUACAAAGCCAGUGGAAACCAAAGCCAUGGCUGCCAAACCAGCCGUAAAGUCCCUGGUGUCGAGUAAAGAGGGAACGGCCGAGUCUUCAGAACUGGAGGGCCCAAACACCAUCAUGGUGUGUAUGGUGAUCCUGCUCAACAUCGGCCUGGCCAUUCUCUUCGUUCACAUUUUGUCAUGAGACGUUUUGCCCCACAACAGGUCACAGGUGGUGUUGGACACUGAUGACGUUGCUCCUGCACCUCAUGGACCAGAGAUCAGAGACUCCACUGACGGUGUGGCAGGAGUCUCCUGCAGUCGGCUGUGGGUUUUCGUUGGUGUAACUGUGAGAGGUGCGGUGAAGCUCUUGUUUUUGCAGAGCUCGAGGGUGGGGGGGGGGGGGGGGGACUGAAGGACAAUGGAGAGCUGAAGCGUCUGAGUGUGACUGGUCUGUUAAAGUUGCUGGAUAGAUGGUAGAGCAAGUCUCGGAGCUGGGUGGUGCCUCCAGAAUUCAACUUUGUCACAGUGUGUCACAAGGGUGCUGUCUUUUGCCAUAUGGGUUGUCCUACUUUUAAUCUCCCUUACACUGAGUGCUCCUCACAACACCGAAUCAGUAGAUCAUCACACGCUGCCUCGACAUGAGUUCUUUUUUUUUUUUUUUUUAUUGUCGUAACCGCAGAUGAAGGAAUGCUGCUCAUACAGACUGACCUUUCACUCCAGUUUGCCUUGAAUUUGCUCGGACACAGCAGCGUCCUUGUGAAGAACAACUGUUUCUGUCAGUGUUUUUGACGCCUGCGGCGGGUUAAACGCUACGUGUUCGUGUCAGACGUCUGGAGUUGUCCCAGUGCAGACGAAACACUGUGUUCGUGCAUAAUAUCACCACUAACUGUAUCUGCUGUUCAACAGAUGUGUUCUCUUUUUACAGGGAUUUACUGUAUGUGUGUGAGUUUUUAAGUCUGCUGCUUUAUUGUUUGGGGAGGAGAUAAAAAGAGAUUGAGAAAGGGAAAAAAAAUGAAGAAGUAAUGAUAUUUGAGUGUCCCUGCUGAGGCUUUUGUCUUGUUUGUUCCUGUGGAGCCAUGCACUGCUAUUUAGCCCCUCGCUGGUUUCGAAUGAGUUUCCAAGUUAUGCUGAGCAACGAGGGGAACGAUGUCUGCAGUCGGAGUUAUCCAAAGCGAUCACUGUAUGUUUUAACAAGGGUGCUGAAUCUGUGGAUUGUUAUUCCUGCGACAGGAGGAGGUUUCCAGUGAUCGAUGUCUCUGAGAUCCCAAUUCUGCAUUUUAUUCAGCUUUAGAGCAAACUAUUUGUAUUAAAGAGGAGGGUUUUCUGUACUUUUGUACGUUUUUUUGGGGGGGUUAGUGCACCUUUUCAUCUUUUAAAUGGGCCUAGUCACAUAAAGAAGACACAAAAAAACAUGGACUCGUCUUCAAAUAAAAGAAAAUAUGUCACGCGUUCGUCCUGAUAGUGUUUACUCCUUUUUGAGCCUGAAAAGAACUUUGCACCAGACGCGAUCAGCAGACAUAAACAAUUGAUGCAGCUACUUUACGAGCCAGUAGAUCGUCCGGCGAUGCCUUGCAGUAAUGUGACAGCUAAGCGUGGAUGAAGACCAACCCGAGCUACAGGGUUAGGGUCACUUAACCUCUUUCUUUUUGCACCUCCACUGGACGUUGCUGAUCCGUUCAGCUCCAUUGCUUCUCCUCGUUUACUCAUUGCCAGAAUUUGCAAUAUCAGACUGUCAGUCACGUGGUCUUGUUAAGGUAAAUAUGCACAAAAGUGGUUAAUUUGAUGAAAAACAAAGCCAAAACAAAGUGCAAAACACAGAAAUGACAAAAAUAUAGUCAACAGGGCACCAUCAUUUAAUUGGAAAACCUUUGUAUGCAACCAGAGUGAGCUACUGGCGUAGAAAUUCUUAAAAUCAUAAUUUGUGACUGGGCUCCUUUAAAGAAUCCUGUUUAGCUAAAAGAAUUAUGCCACUCAAAAUCCUAAAUUUAUUUACCUCACAAUAGUUAGAUUGAAAAAAAAAAACACAGAAUGAUUCUUAACUCCAUGUCUUACGAUCAAAAGACUUAUUUUUUUCUUUCUUUGUUUGGGGGUCGGGGCCUAUCAGAGAAGAAGUAUCUGAAGAUGAUCCGCAUUUGAGUUUAGUGGUGUUGUUGUUAAUGAAGGAAAAAAGCCUAAAAGUAUUUGCAUUAAAAUAAAGUUCCCAUAAAGAAAAAAAAA